GAAUGCGAGGGCGGGAUGGGAAAUGGAGGCCUCAGCGAGAGCGGCCGGAGAGCCGAAUUGGCUUCCAGACGGCUGAGCCGCCAGCUUGAGAGCCGUCAUACGUAACUCCAGUUUUAAGUGAAUCAAGAAAGAUUAAUGAAAGUUAUGAAGAUACCAAAACUGUUCUACGCUUUUGCAGUUUUUACAUGUGCUGCUAUUUAUGCGGUAUAUGUAAAAUGGCAUUUGGACUUUAAAACAAAAGCUGCCGUCAAUGAUUUAGAAAAACAGCUCAAAAGUGAAACAUCCAGAACAGAUCAGGAAGUUCUUUAUGGAAUCAUGUUUGAUGCUGGAAGCACUGGGACUCGAAUACACAUAUUCAAAUUCACACAAAAGCCAAAAGAAAUUCCUAAAUUAAUCCAUACCACAUUCAGAGCACUAAAGCCAGGACUUUCUGCAUAUGCUGACAGUGUUGAUAAGAGUGUUCAAGGAAUAAAUGAGCUACUGACAGUUGCUAAAGAAGAUGUUCCUUUGGAAUUGUGGAAGUCCACUCCUUUGGUCCUUAAAGCAACAGCUGGCUUAAGACUGCUGCCAAAAGAAAAGGCACAGAAAUUGCUGGAUAAGGUAAAGGACACCUUUCAAGAAUCUCCGUUCCUUGUAAGGAGUGACUGUGUCUCUGUAAUGGAUGGAACAGAUGAAGGUAUUUCAGCAUGGAUCACUGUCAACUUCUUAACAGAUAGCUUGAAUGCUCCAAGAAAGAGGUGUGUAGGAAUGCUGGAUUUGGGAGGUGGCUCAAUUCAGAUCACAUUUCGCCCAAGCACUAAGACCGCUCUGGAGAGCUCCUCUGCUGGCCGCAUCACUUCAUUUCAGAUGUUUAAUACCACAUACCAGCUGUAUUCACACAGUUACUUGGGACUUGGGUUAAUGUCGGCAAGGCUGGCGAUUUUAGGAGGAGUUGAAGGUCAAGCCUUAAAGGAAGGUGAAGAUCUUACAAGUUCCUGCUUAUCGCCUGGUUUCCAGGGUGAAUGGGAGCAUGCCAAGAUAAUAUACAGAAUUAAAGGGCAGAAGGCAGGAAAACCUCUCUUCGAAUCAUGUUCCAAUGAAAUAGCAAAACUGAUCAGCACGAAGGUUCAUAGGACAGAUGAAGUAAAGGAUUUGGAUUUUUAUGCUUUUUCCUACUAUUACGAUUUGGCAGUGGAUGCUGGUUUAAUAGAUAAUGAAAAAGGAGGGACCCUAGCAGUUGGUGAAUUUGAAGCUGUUGCAAAGAAUGUGUGUAAAACCAUGGAAGAUCAAGAAGGAGAGCAUCCUUUUCUCUGCAUGGAUCUCACAUACGUCAGUUUGCUUUUGGAAGAACUAGGCUUUCCAAAGAGCCAUGUUCUUAAGCUUGCUCGAAAAAUCAACAACACUGAAACCAGCUGGGCUCUGGGAGCUAUACUUCACUAUAUGGAUUCACUUCACAAACUGCAAUAUUAGGGUUUUGGGAGCCUUGGGGAUGCAGCGAGUCUGGGAGGAUGUGAUGUGGCAGCAUUGUGGAAGCUAAGCAGGUAUGGACCUUGUCAGUUCCUUGGACUGGAGAUUACUGGAAGCUGCACUACUGGAAGACUACUACUGUAAAAGCUAUACAUGUGUGUGUAUAUAUUUCAUGAAUACAUUUCCAAAGGCCUUGACCUCUUUCAGCAGGGAACUCAGGUGCUCGUUUUUGGUAGCUUAACAUACCAAUACUCUGUGAAAUUAUGUACCUUUCUAAAAGUGUCACUUAAAAGUCGGGGCGGGGGUGGUUCUGAAAAGGACUAGGCCAUGGCAGCUGAGAUCUAGGUCUUGGGCAACAUACCUCAGCUGAAAUGGAAUGAAUGCAAAAAUCACCCUGUGAUUUAUGAUGAGAAUAUAUUCAUGUUCCUUGGACUGCCAGGGGUACCUACUUUCUCCUCCUCUGUCCACAUUUGCCUAGUUUUCUAUAUUUUGGGGACAGUUCAUUCCCUCCAUUGCAGUAUUUCUACAGUGUUUGUCAUCAGGGAUUGGUCAGCCUUGCUGUCACAGCUUUUCAAUGACAGGCAGCUUGAGGAAAGUUUCCUCCCCUUCCAGCUGUCCAGCAUCACCUGAUCCUUCAAUCAAGUGCUGACUCUACCUCCAGGAGGAGUUAACUCUUUCUUGCAUGCUUUGCUCCGCUGACCAGGAGGAAACUUCACAGCAAGCCAAACCUGCCAUUCUCUAUCAUAUUCUACAGUGUCUAUGAGAAAAGCACAUCAUCCUCAGGCAGGCUUUUUGCCUUUCCACCAAGCAUUCUGAACCUAGUCUCAGAAACAAGUGUGACUUUUAUAUUGCAGUGUGUGUGUGCAUUUGGGGUAUUGCUUUACUUUUCUUAAAUGUAUAGAAACUAACAAAUGGUGUCUUUUAAAAAAAGUAUUUUGCUUUGUCCAACUUUACCAGUAGGCAUUGAGAUUUAUCUUCUGAAACUCAGCAUUUCUGUUCUUCACAGUCUGUACCAUACUGGGUUAUUUUGGCGGUGUUCUGGUGGUUUUAAGGCCUUUCCCACAAUCUGAAGCCAGUUGGUGUCUCACUUGCUAGCAGCAAACUGAUUUCUUAGUGCUUAAAUUGAGUUGAUUUUUUAAUGAAAGGUUAAGAGCAAACUUCUGCCCUCUCCUUAAUGUUGAUGGCAGAAAGGAAGGCGGUUAGAAUGGCAUAUUGGUGUCUCUCUGCUGGAAGGUGGGUUUUGACAUGAUGGAGACCCCAGUUGUGACCCAACCAUUGGUUGUCCUACCAAUGAUAGCAAGCAGCCCCCAAACCUGUCUUUCUUAAAAAAAAUCUUGUAUACUUGAAAAUAUG